CUCGGUGUGAUCACGCUUCUGGAGGAUCGUGGAUUAACUUUUUUCUGUUAUAUCUAUCCGGGAAAAUACGCAGCACUUUAACAGAAUUUGACAAUUUCCACCAGGUUAGAAGAGUGAUGACCAUCCUGUUCCUUACUAUGGUUAUUUCAUACUUCAGUUGCAUGAGAGCUGCGCCCCUGAGAGACGCCCCGGGCAUGCGGGGCCAUCGGACGGAAGGCUACUUGGGCGCUGCUGCGACGGCCGCACGAGGCCACGGGACUCCACAGAGUGGUGGUGGGCCAGGCCAGCGCGGGGAACUGCCCUCGCUCACAGACACGUUUGAGCAGGUGAUAGAGGAGCUGCUGGAGGUGGAGGGAGAGGCGGCGCAACUGGGACAGGGGGCUGAUAAGAGCCAGGGAGGUGGGGGCCCAUCCUCUGCGGUCACCUCAGAGACCAAGGAUGUCGACCUGUACGACUCGCGGGUGAUGAUCAGCAACCAAGUGCCUUUGGAGCCGCCGUUGCUCUUUCUUCUGGAGGAAUACAAAAACUAUCUGGAUGCCGCUAAUAUGUCCAUGAGGGUGCGGCGACACUCCGAUCCCUCGCGGCGCGGAGAGCUCAGUGUGUGUGACAGUAUUAGCCAGUGGGUGACAGCUGUGGAUAAAAAGACGGCAAUAGACAUGUCUGGGCAGACAGUUACCGUCAUGGAAAAGGUCCCUGUCCCCAAUGGCCAACUGAAGCAAUACUUUUAUGAGACCAAAUGCAACCCCAUGGGGUACACAAAGGAGGGCUGCAGAGGAAUAGACAAGCGGCAUUAUAAUUCCCAAUGCAGGACAACCCAGUCCUACGUGCGAGCGCUUACCAUGGAUAGCAAAAAGAAGAUUGGCUGGCGGUUUAUAAGGAUAGACACUUCAUGUGUAUGCACAUUGACCAUUAAAAGAGGGAGAUAGUGUAUAAAAUGUAUAGAUUUUAUUGAAGAGUUUAAAAAAAGAGAAUAAAGAGAAAAUAUCUAUUUGUAUAUAUACAUAACAGGGUAAAUUAUUCCGUCAAAUGAAAAUUUUAUGGACUGCAUGUAAAAAAAGAUGAAGUUUAUACAGUAAAAGUGAUACUACAGUCUAUUUAUUGAACAUAUUCAUGACCUUGUAAACAAUUAAAAAAAAUCUGAUCAGUCAUUUGCGCCCAGUUUAAAUUACUAUAUCACAUCCCUCAAGACAUUGUGAUUUGUUUACGUUGCCAAGAAUUAUAAAAAUGAAGGAAAAAAAACAGGCAAGGAAUGAGAGAGGACAGUUCCAUCUUCAAAAGCUUGCAUGCUGCUUCAAUUGUGAACCGAGAAAUUCUCCACUUACAAAAAAGGAUAUGAUGCUGACCAAAAAAAAAAAAAAAACAUUCCGUUUACAUAUUCAGCAGAAAACAAUUUUCCUCUCAAGUAAUUUAUCUGUUUACUGUUCUAAACUUCUCAAGGUAAUGUUGGACUUACAUAUUAUGUCAAGGUGCUGUUGUCAAAGCUUUGCUGUUUAUUUUUUU